CGUUUUGCGCAGUCGGCCGAAGCGGAAGUUAUUCACUGAAAAGGAAAGCAGGAAAAACGACAGGGAGCAGGCUGGCAGCGUCUAAAAAAUAUGCUGUAUGCCAUGUUUUCCUUGCUAAAUUGAGCAAGUUUGACAUUUCUACUGACGAACAAGCAUGGGCGUGGCAGAGGAGAUGUGUGGCCGGUCGUCCCAUGAGGCCAUGCUGCGCGUACAGGACGCGGAGCUGCGACUGCUGGACAGCGUGCACCACUUUGUCCUCAUGAGGGUGGACAACGACAGGAAGUACGCCGCAGGGCUCGCCAAGAUACUGCACGCCACCGUCGCCAAGGGGGGAGAUGCAGAGUUUGUCGAGUGUUGUACGGUGUUUAAGGCGUGGGAGACGGUUAUCAAGGAGACAGAGCGCCUCAUGAAGUGCGUGCGCGCCAAGACGGAGCACCUGGCCACCCACACGCUGGAAGUGCUGACUCAGCUCAUGACGGAGAAGAAGGCUGCGCGCCGCAAGUACGCCGAUGACCGACACCGACUGGACGCUGACUUUGCCAAGGAAAUAUGUCCUCCAGGAUCUGCUACGACAGACAGACCCGUCCAGCCCAGAUUUUCUCUCCAUCUCCCACAACCUUCAGGACGCGCUGGCCCUGGUCAUCCCUGGCUCUGAAUAUACCACGGGCUUCACACAGCUACACAA